AUAAGUGCUAUGCUGGACAUGUUGGUUGAGGAUUCAUCUCGACUCCGUCCCUGCUGAAACCAUAGCUAUUGCAACUGUCCCUGAGCCUGAGAAAACCUUGACUGCUCAAAAAUCUGAUGGUGCUCGCUCAAAGCGCCUUUGCCCGGCCAGUCAUCCAACUGCUCCUGCCGAGGGGAAGAAGAAGAAAAAAAGGAGGCUUCGGCGAGUGUCAUGUUUGAAUCAGGAUGCUGGCCCUUCUGCUCCUGCUGCUGAAGAAGUACCAAUGGAACUUUUUACUGGGGCUGACCCCGGUGGGUGUGACCUUGCUGAUGCUAAUCCCAAUGGGUGCGACCCUGCUGAUGCUGAUCCCAAUGGGUGUGACCCUGCUGAACCCAAUGGGUGUGUUGUUCGUAUUGUUGACGAGGAUGAAGAAGAAGAGGAGGAAAUCCACUUAAUUCGGGAAAACAGCCGGCGCUACCUAGUAAGUGGGGAGAGUAGUGAUAUUCCUUCUCCAGCUUUGUAUGCUUUUGUUGGUCUGCAAGAGUUGUCCAUAGUAAAUUUUGAUCAGGCUCUCGAGGAUAUGGUUCCUGAAGAUCUGCUGUCCGAGCUAACAGAUGGUGGUAUGAUGGACGCUUGCACUGACGUUCCGGAUGUGGGGUUAGAGUUGUCCCGAGUGUUAUCUCGUGCCUCGUCGACCUUGGAGUGCGGUCUUCAGGGUCAAGAAGCUGGUCUAGGUUGCUCCAUUUCCAUGGAGGUGAAUGAGAAUCCUUCAGCCUUAGAAGUGGCUGCUGCAGAGAACCCGGUCCCCAAGGGUGGCGCCAGCGAUCACCCAGCCCCCGAGGGUGUUGCCGGCAAUGAUCCGGCUCGGGUGGGCAGCGCGAGCUACAACCCAGCCCCCGAGGGUGCUGCCGGUGGUGAUCCAGCUCCGAUGGGCAAUGCAGGCUGCGACCCAGCCCCCGAGGGUGUCCGAGCGGGCUCCCCUUCUCAUACCUCCAUGGAUGUCCACGUCGAGUCUUCUCCUCCACAUUCUGAUUGCAUGGCAGCAGCAUGUGCUUCAAAUCAGGAAAUCGCCUUAGAGACCGGCACUCCUGACGCUAGAGUUUUGAUUCCUGCUGGUGAUGCUGAGUUGAUCCCCAAUGAUGCUCUUCAGAUUGCUUCGGUUGAUAUUCCCUCGUCAAGUCACCAACUGUCUUCUCAUGAUUUCGGGCUUCCUUCAUUCUUCUCCAAUCUCUAGGCUUUGGUUGACGAGAUGGCUGGUCAGCUGAGAUCACAGGGUGCCUCUGUCCCAGAAAGAGCUCUGUCUCUGACGCGUUGGAAUCCAAUGCUGCUUCAGUGGUGGGUAUCUGAUUUGGAGACGACAA